AAAGGAGCGACUCCAUUCCGCCGGGCACACACCUUUGUACUGUUACUCCGUCCUGUACCUAGCUGCCAACCCUCCCCGUAGUCUGCCUAUUUAUUGUACAGAACGGCAUAGCGCAGCGCAGCGGAGCACAGCAUACCUUGGUGGUGCAGCCCUCCAAGCCGUCAACAGCAGGCAGCUAUUUGCCGAGCCCCAGAGAGCCAGAGAGCCAGAGAGCCAGAGAGCCAGAGAGCCAGAGAGCCAGACGGCCAGACGGCCAGAGUGCUGAGUCCGGGCCAGCCCUCUCAGCCUCCUUGUGUGAUCAACGGACCCGCAUUACUCAUGGACGGGGGGCUCUCCAAGACGGGACAGGUGGACACCUAGAGCAAUCAAGCAGCAUUGCCGACCUUCGACACGGACACCUGCCCGCCGGGCAUAGUCCACUGUUACCGCACGCCACGCCAGCUGCCCUGCUUCCACCUUGAAUGAGCAUCGAUUCAAUCCCACCCUGCCUUUCCCUAUACGGCUUGCAGCGCCCUGAUGCCCGCCCUCCCAUGGUCCAGCUACAUCCUUUUUGGCUCGAUCUGAGGCUCUAACUGUGGUUGUGGUUACGGGCAGCAUCCCAAGCAGGGCCAGGCCAGAGUCUCAUCGGUUCUAAGGAAGCACUGCGGCGUCCCUGCUACCACCCACGGGCACCGGCACCAGCGACAGCGCCUCCUCCCUGCCCGAACGACCCAUCGGUCGACACGGCCAAGUUGCCCGCCACCAUCCCACAGCCCGGCCCUUUUGACCAGCCAGUCCACGCCAGUAACCAUGAAUGGCGACAUAAGCCUGUCCAGGGCCCUGGGCGGUCUGCGAAUCGCCAAUCUCUCAGAUGAUUCCGACAACGACUCCAGUCCUACCCGCGAGCAACCUCCCACCGCAGAUGACAACAACCACAGCCCUCCCCCCUCCCUCCCCCUAGAUGAGCCUGAACACUCCUCCGAGCGUCUAUCGCGCAACCUCCACGACGAGCAGUUACACGAUUCCUACGGCAGCCAACCCCUCCGCAGUUCGGAGCCCCUAUCGAACCUACCACCGGCCACUCAUCCCGACUACGCGCAAUCCACUACCGACGGCCCUGCAGUGCCUCCCGCUGCGCAGCCGCACCCAACCCAGCAUCCUGCCCCCCCAGUGUCACAAAUGGACGGUCCGGAAAGGCACUACCAGGCGUCCUCUCGACCGCUGUCCGGCAAUCUGCCCAACCCCCUUUCUGUCUCCCACAACGCCGAGGCAGGGCCGAGCUCAUACAACAACUCCCUGAGGCCAGAGGGCUCCAGAGCGUCCAUGUUUGAUUUGCCCACGCGGAGCAACUCAAGAUCGGUGCGAGUACCCUACGCUGGUCAAAUACCCCAGCGAUCCCCCAGUUAUCGAGAGCGGUCGUACAAUCCUGAAGUUCGGCGCACGCUGCCUCCAGGCGCCGGCGGUGCAGCAUUGCCUCCGAGGAAGAGCUCCAAGGGCCGAGGAGGUGGUUUCGUCUCCACGACAGGAAUGCCAAUGGCCCAGUCAAGCGGUAACAACUUUGGGCCCGAGUUGCCCCAGCCGGGCAACAGCGAGGAAUGGCAGGAGAAAGGCGCGGCCGUCGGCGUCAGAAGAGAGCUCGAUGCACAGGGGAAGACAGUGCUGAGAUCCGUCAAGAAGGGUGUUCGUGAUUUCUCCUUCGGCAAAGUGCUGGGCGAGGGAUCUUACAGUACCGUCUACCUGGCUACGGAUCGACAGUCACUAAAGGAAUACGCCAUCAAAGUGCUCGAGAAGAAGCACAUCAUCAAAGAGAAGAAGAUCAAAUACGUGAACAUCGAGAAGAACACCUUGAAUCGAUUAACGGAGCACCCGGGCAUCGUUCGGCUAUACUAUACAUUCCAAGACGAGACCUCGCUCUACUACGUACUGGACCUAUGCAACGGAGGAGAGCUGCUGGGCGUGCUGAAAAGGACACAUACAUUUGAUGAGGAGUGCACACGGUUCUAUGGCGCCCAGAUCCUUGACGCCAUCGAGUAUAUGCACUCGAGGGGGGUCAUACAUCGCGACCUCAAGCCGGAAAAUGUGCUACUGGACGACAACAUGCACGUGAAAAUAACCGACUUCGGGACGGCCAAAUUGCUGCCGGACCCCCGGGACCCAAGGCCGACGCCUGAGAACGCGCCUCCAGCUGAAGGAAGCUCCCGGGCAGCCUCUUUUGUUGGAACAGCUGAAUACGUCAGCCCGGAGCUUCUUACGGAGAAGACUGCGGGCAAGGCGAGCGACGUCUGGGCGUUCGGCUGCAUUAUUUACCAGCUACUUGCUGGGCGUCCGCCGUUCAAGGGCGGCACGGAGUACCUGACAUUCCAGAAGAUCGUUGGCCUGGAAUAUGAGUUCCCUUCAGGGUUCCCACCAGCAGCACGCGAUCUCGUCGAGCGAUGCUUAGUCCUGGACCCGGGGAGGCGACUGACCAUCGAGCACAUCAAGAACCACGAGUUCUUCGACGGGCACAGUUUCGGCAAGGGGCUGUGGAGGACGAAGGCCCCUCGGCUCAGGCCGCACAUACCACCUGCCCAGGAGCCGCAGAUCAUCCAACUGAACGGCUCGUCGUCCGGUUCUAACCAGAAUCCGCCGUCCAGUCGAGGGCUCCAGUCGCAGAACGGCAGCAGCAACAGGCCCGCCAGGAUAAUUACCGAACUUCCACCACCCACGCAGCUCGAUAUUGAAUGGUCGCCAGUGCUGACGCGAAACAAUGAGAGGAUAUUGAAACUGGGUGACCUGCUGGUCAUAUCAUCUCCAAUUCCCAAUAGCCCACACGGCAAGGGUGAGCAUGGUCAAAGCAAAGGCUUGUCGCGUUUCUUCGGCGGAAGCACGAUGAAGAAAAAGCAACGGCUGGUCAUGGUCACAUCUAGUGGGCGCAUUGUGCUGGCCCCUGCCGGGGGCGAAGAGAAAAAGGCCAAACAGGAGAUUUCACUGCUCACGCCCGACUGCGUGUGGCGGACUCAGAUAGACGUAAAGGGGCAGGUCGUAUGGUGCAUUGAUGCGAACGGGACCCAUUUCCAGUUUGAGCAGCCCAAGUCUUCCCAGCUCGACGCCGGCACGGUAGACGAGUGGAUAGAAGCGCUUGAAAGGGCCAAGGACCUCGCAAUGUCUCAAGACUUGUCCGGCUUCAACAGCGAUAACGGUUUUGGAGAAAUGUCUUCGUCUAUGUCGCCCAGCCCCGCAAGCACACUGUCGCGACAGGUGCCAUAUCCGGAAGGAGGGUUCAGCAUUGCCGACAGGUCGGGGCGCAACCAGUUGAGCAAGAGUCAAGCCAGCUUGGAGGAGUCGCAGGCGAAGAGGAACCGAUUUAGCAAGAGGCAGUCCAAGAACGGGUUAGGUACAGCAGCGUUCUAAGCCCACCUACCCAGACUUGCCAUAAUACGCUACACAAUGGGCAGGCAGUACACAUGGGCGGGCUCACAUUUGAUUAGCAGCCGCUUACAGCGCAUCAUUGGGCCCUGCACCCACCAAUUUUCUUUUAUCAGCUUUCAACAUAUACUCGCGUACACGAGAGGGGGCAAGGCAAAGGGUCUUUGGCAUUUUCUGGCGCAAGGGGGCAAGAGGGCGUCGUGUGGGCGCGUAUUUGUUUCGGGAUCUCGGCAGAAAGCAGAAGACAACCACAAAAACCCGCGUUUGCCAUGGGAGAAUCAUCGUCAUUAUCAUCAUUAUCGUCUCUAUCACAGCCUCUACCCACACACCUUUGUUCUCCUGCAUUCAAAUUUGAAAACUGUCGAGCCACACAUACAAUUCCUUUUGUUUGGGACGCAGGAUGGAGCGGGGGCCUCUCGGGGCAGGGAGGGCGGUGUUGACCUUUGUAUUACACCUAAGCUUAUAAUUGGCAUAUGUCCAGCGUGGGGUACGGCAUGAAUGGCCGGGAACGGGGUCCGAGAAGUUGAGCAAGACAGGACAAGGACAAGGACCUGGUGGAGGUUUGGCGCAGAGCAAGGCAGAGGCAGAGGCAGAGGCAGAGGUAGAGCCUGGAAUCAAGGGGAAAAUCAGGAGACUUGUUGACAUUC